CCUAAUGGAUCCUAGUUUGACAGUUGUCAAAAUUUUAAAACGUUUUUAACCUUGCAGGUGCAUAUUUUCUCAAUAAGUGCAAUGUUUUCCACAAGUACUCAGUGUAAACACUGGAUGUUCAACAGUGAGGAAGAACUAAACAAAUUGCGCGAAAAUGCUAACCUCAAACAUAUACAGACAUACGGCAGACACAUCAAUGAGGCCCAACGCUACGACUAUUUCCUGACAGCAGAAGAAGAAAAAAUCAUGGUAAAACGAUACGAAAUCAGGCUACGAGACUUCUGCAAAAGGUUUCAGCCACCAAUGACCAGAUGUGUGAUUGGGACAGCAUUUCACUAUUUUAAACGGUUUUAUAUUCAUAAUUCAGUAAUGAACCAUCACCCUAAAGAAAUAAUGGUUACGUGUAUAUAUUUAGCUUGUAAGGUUGAAGAAUUUAAUGUCUCGAUUCAACAGUUUGUUGCUAACCUUAAGGGAGAUAGGGAGAAGGCGACUGAUAUUAUUUUAAACAAUGAAUUGCUGUUGAUGGAACAGUUGAGUUUUCAUUUGGCAAUUCAUAACCCAUUUAGGCCUGUAGAGGGGCUUCUGAUUGAUAUUAAGACUAGGUGUUCUCUGAAUGAUCCAGAACGACUGAGACCUGGAACUGAACAUUUCCUAGAAAGAGCAUUCCUGACAGAUGUUGUUUUAUUGUAUUCUCCAAGUCAGGUGGCUUUGGCUGCCGUUCUUCAUGCAGCUUCCAAGUUACAAGAAAAUCUAGAUUCUUAUGUUACUGACACAUUAUUUGGUGUUGAUGGUAGAGGGAAACUGGAAGAAUUAAUUGAAGCUGUUCGAGCUAUUAGAUCCAUUGUUAAAAUGGUAGAUGCCACACCUGACAGAAAUCAACAAAAACUGCUUGAUAAAAAGUUGGAGAGGUGCAGAAACCCUGAAAACAAUCCAGACAGUGAAAUUUACAAAAAGAGAAUGCAGGCGCUGCUGGAUGAAGAUGAUGACUUAUAUCAGAGGAUUUCAUCAAGAACAGAUUCUCUUGAUAACUCUGCUUUAAACAUGUCUGUGUGUGCGUCUCCUGAGGUGGCAUAACUGCUUAAAGUAUUAAUAAAUUUAAGGCAUUUGAACCAUU